AUGUCCAAUAGAGAUCAAGAUGCCUUCAUCACCAUUUCAGCUUGCUCGUGCAAUUCGGGCGGGGACAUCUCAGAAGACCAAAUGGAAGCUGGUGCCUGCGCACCUCACGGAAAGAUCCAAAGUCAGCCACUAGACCUUCCUGACGACUGGAAACUGCCAUCCCAGCCCUUCGCUCGGUUUUGUUCCACUCAACUUUACUUAAUCACUCUCGGAAAGCCUGAUCUCGAGGAAUUGUGGCGGGAUGUGAGCCAACGGAAUGGCGUGAAUAAGCGUGUCAUAUGUUCAGGUCCUGAUUUAUUCAUUAUGUUCCUCAUCGCCCUCGUGGGUGGAGUAUGCAUGUCGAUACUGCGACGUAGUAUCGACAUCGCGGACCAUUCAUCCAGAGAAAACUACGAAGCCCUGAUGAAUCUCUCGGCAUCUUUCCUCCUUGUUUAUGUGCUGUGCCAAUGGUUAUCCCGCAUGUACGGCUAUUGUAUAGCAUUUCGACAGUCUGCGAUAUUCCGGAACCCGGGCAAGAUGAAGGUCUUGAUUUGUCUCGCUCUCUCUCGCACGGCAGAGUUUUCACUCGCUUUAUCUUUGGGAUUUCUGGCGAAGGGUGGUUUUAUAUUGUUUACAGGGGUGGACUACUGGAUGUCUUUUGCGGAGGCUUGUACAUUCGGCCUUCUUUUGGACGCUGUCUUGAAGAGGAAUGUGCAGACAGUGAUCUGGCGCGGUGUAUUGGCUUUCUUUCUGUGGUUUGGCGUCGCCUUGGGUUACUUACAAACAAAUUGUGAAAGCCAUUAGUCUGUCUUUUGGUGGCGCCGCAAGUGUAUAUUUCCAUUUUCCCCAUGUAACUGUCGCAUCACUAUAUAUGUAUCCUUUCUGCGUGCAUU